AUGCGUUCACUUAUCUUGCUUGCUCUGUUAGCGGUCUCCUGCGCAGCUCUCGUUAUACCAGCGAGAUUCAACGUUGCUGAAUGUGUAAUGUGCAAGGUAGCGGUUAGAGUUGCUGCUCCAAGCCUAGGCAAGGAUACACUCAAAAUCGAACAGGAUUUCGACAAGGAAUGCAAGAAGGAAUUGAAGGUCCCAGAAGAGAGCAAGCUGUGUGAAAAGUACAUAAAUGACCACCUCGAUCCCAUCGUGCAUGAGCUGGAAUCCGGAACUGCACCUAAGGACGUGUGCACCAAACUGCACGAUUGCUAAUCCCUACCAACAGUGUUAGUGUAGCUGCUCUCUACUUAUUUGAAU